AUGGAGACUCGCUGGGGCCGCCGCGCAAAAACAGCAGCUGCCACAGGUCCUGACAAGCUUCGUGCCUUCCUUCGUGAACCCUACGAGCCGCGAAAUGAUGCGGCCUUUGCUCUCCUUCACUACAUCUCGCUUCACCAUCAUAACAACGACCUGAUCGAUGCAUACUUCAGUGUCUUCAGUCCCUCACCAACCUCCCCUCGCUACCAUCGCUUGAGGAGUGAAGAAGCUCGCCCAGUUCUGGACAGGCUGAGCACCCCAUAUAUCAAUGAGGACCUUUCUCUCUAUGGCAUCUUCAAGGAGUCCGUCUUUGCUGCCAAUCAAGCUCGAUCUGCCGAUCCUUACGAUGCUCCAUCAAACAUUCCGCCCUUGACCCAGUUGAUCUGGGACAGAACAAAGUCCCAGCUUUAUUGUCAAGGCGCUGUCAUUGCCUGUGUCGAAUUUGGCCUCCAUGACCUGCUGCAGCAGGUCCUUGCCGAGAUCCAGACCCGGCACCAUGAUCACAACGACCAACAACUAGCCAUCCUCUUUCAACUACCCCAGAUCUGUGCAUACACCGCCAUUGGCAACGCCAUUUUCAGGAAGCGAAUCCAGUGUUUCCAGACCUUGCACCUCACCAUCGAAGGCGCCGCCGACUACAUCCUCUCCCACCCGAAUGUCGUCACCAUGGGAAAUAUAGAAGUCUCCCCACUCCUCCAUUGGAGCCUAGAUUUUAUCAAGCAACGUCUGACUCUCCAAGGUGCAAGCGACCAUGAUUUUGAGCAGGAGGAGGAACUACUACGGAGACUCAUCGAUCUCGAGCCCCAAUUGCUCACACAGCAAGACAUAGACGGCCGAACUCCUUUGCGCCAAGCACAAGACACUCAAGAGUCAGUACGACUCCAGACCCACAAAAAGGACUACGAGCAGUUGGAAGCUAUUGUCCGAGAUGGCAUCUAUCACCGUCUCAAGGAUCCCGAAGAAUGGAGACGCGCCCUCUACUCCAGGUCAGCUCUUGACGCAAAUCAAGGUGAGUUCCAUGACACCGCUGAUCGGGAAGUCCAAUGCUCAAGCCUGUCAGACAAGGAAGUCAGCCUUGAUCUGUCCGAUUUCAACUAUGGCCCACAAUAUUUCCAGCACUUCCUCGACCAUCUCGAAACUUUCCACGAUAAGCUCAAAUUACACGGCCGCACUUGGGAAUUUGAAACCACCUUGUUGUUUCUCAUUCUUCCCAAUCUCUCCAGAGCCAACGGCGAAACACAAUUGAUGCAGGAUACACACCGGUCGUGUUUGGCGCGCUUCUUGCUCUGGUUGCGCAACAAGGGCGUGAAGCGAAUCAUCAAGCUGAAAUUGCCCGACAGCUCCUGCCGUUACACCUACGAAUGGGUGUACCAGAACAUCCUGAGCUUUUUCGAAGUAGAUGAGCUCGACUGGACGCGACUGGACGUCAGGCUUGACGGCUUUGCGGCUCCUUCUGUUUGGACAACUUUUCCCAGACUCCUAGCAUCUGUUACCGGCCUCGGAAUGGUCAAGCAGCCAGAUAUUACGCCAUCCACCACCACGGACGGUCGUGGCAGCGCCAUAGUUCGAGCUAUACAUCUAUAUUCUCAUGACAAGUUCGACAACAACAAGAUGGCCUUUCUUGACCCCAGGAAGCUGCCUUGUUUCGAAAAGCUUGAGACAAUCUACCUAAAUCUAGUGUGUGAGAGAACCGAUGAGGCAUCGAUCUAUGACAUGACAAAGUCUGAGCUGUGGCGAGACCUCCUAUGCGAUGAAUCGAGAAGACGUGGCUCCGAAGUCGUCCUAAGUAAAGGACCCCGUGUUCUCACCUGGCAGGAGUUUGCGCUGGAGCCUGAAUUUAUUCUGCCUCAAGCAAAUCAAGAAUUCAAGCUCUUGCAGGACCUUGCACCAUGCCGCGACUUCCUUUUUUCGCUGCGAAGCAUGAAGAAUAACCCCGUCGAUCCACAAACGAAACAUUGUCGGGCCGUGUUCCAAGACAAGAGCAAACGCGUCAAAAUUGCCGUUAUUGACAAUGGCGUGGAUCAAAUGGCGACCAGCUCCGCCAACAUUGUUAGAGGCGCCUCCUUUGUCCGUAGCGCAUCGGAGCCCAUGUCGAUUCUCCCGUGGUAUACACCUGUCCAUCCGCACGGCACGCAGAUGGCGGAUCUCAUCCGGUGUGUAAAUCCCUGGUGUGAACUCUUUCCCAUCCGAGUUGGCUCGCUCCGCAAAGAUGUAGACAUCCACGCGGCCGUUGAUGCAAUCGAAUGGGCUCUCGACAACAAAGUCGACAUUAUAUCGGCCAGUUGGAUUAUCAAGACGGACCAUAAGGGGGCCGAGAGAUUCAAAGCAGCCAUCCACAAGGCAACCGAACGAGGGGUGUUGGUGAUUUGUGCGACCGCCGACGUGGGUGCGCACGACAGCGGCGGGACCUGGCCGGCCAACUUUGCCAACGUCAUCUCCAUCUCUGCGUCCAACGAAUACGGCCUCCCAAUGCCGUGGUCGUUUCGCGACGUGGACGCGAUGCUAAUCGGCGAUCAGAUCAAGACCUCGGGUCCAGGUUACAUGCGACUUGGGGAAGACGCACGAGAGUCUGGGUCCUCAAUCGCCACGGCCAUUGCCGCGGGGCUUGCAUCCCUGUGCUUGUUCCUUGCCCGCAUGGCCAACGAGGACAACAAAGGAGAGCGGUUCAAGGACCGCCACGUGAUGCUGGCGCUGUUUCGCAUGAUGCAGGUCAAUGACGCUGACAAAGUCAUUGAACCAUCGAGGGUCUUCAACCGCGAAUUCAAGCCACCUGUGGGGUAUCAGGGAGGUCGUAAACCGCCGCCCGUGGGGUUAGAUAUCUUUCGGUGGCGCCAUUGGCAGAAUGUGGAUUUCGCUGACCGACGAGGGUCGAUUACAGUGAGCCGGCGGGCCCUGAGUCGGCAGUCGUCACUGUCCAGAUAAUUCAUGGGCACAUGUGCAAAUAUCACGCAUAGCGUUGCGGUAACAGAAAAAGUACGGCUAGAUACCCUAUCCGACGAGUACAGACAAUGCCAAGGAGUGUUUAUGCAUCCUGAGGAUGAUGUGCUUUCGUUUAGCCGGGCUCGGCAGAAGAACUGGACUACCUAGGGAGCCAAGAUUACAAUAU